GAAUUACGUAGGAAAAAAGUUUUCAACAUUAAAAAGGAGAUUACAAAAUAGAUAAAUAAAUAACGCGUCCUCUCUCUCUCUCUCUUUCUCUAAACCCUUGGUCUCGAAGCAUUUCGUUUUCAGUUUGAAUCUUCAAUUUCUCUCAGAUUUAGAUCCAGAGAAGAGAUCAGAGCAGCAUCUUUGCAUUGUUCGUCCCUUAGUUUGUAAUGCUGUUGACCUUAAUUAGAACCCACUCGAAUUACGCGAUCGAUUGACUCGCUCUAUUUUGGAUCCUUGUUGACUCGGCGAGGUCGGUCACCAGAAGCGCGCGCAGGGAUCAAGGACCAUGGGAGGUGCGCCUUCAACGCCUCGAAACACCGGUGGUGAUGAUGUUUCGCUGGCGGAGUACCUCAUUGCGACUUUUGUCGGGGAGAAAUCGUUUCCCUUGGCGUCUGAUUUCUGGAACAAGCUACUCGAGCUUCCGUUGAGUUCUCGGUGGCCCAGUGAUCGGGUUCACCAAGCCUGCGAACUUUUCGCACAAAGCAAUGGCUACACUAGGCACCUUGCAAAACUAUUGAUUCAUCUGUCGUGGUGUUUGCAAGAGCUUCUCCAAGCUUCUGAUGCUCAGACUUCUAUCUAUAAGAAAGCUGUCAAUGCGACAUAUAUUGCAUCCGUCUUUUUGAAGCAUUUGAUUGAGAAUGGGAAAAGUGACAGCCUCCAGGAUUUGCAUCUCUCUCUCGACGGAAGUGAGCCAGUUCCGCAUGGCUUUGUAAUGGAUCAAGACAUCCAGAAUUUUGUAAUGCAUAGUGUGCUGAGCUUCAUCGGAGCAGCUGAAGUGAGUCCCAACUCGUAUGUUCUACAUCAGGAACUUCUGAACUUCAUGCUUGUCACAAUGUCGACACAGCUUCUCUCCGGACCAUCACCUGCACCAAUAGAUGCGAACCCUUUCAUUGAUGCAGCAAUGGCGCAGGAAAAGUCUCUAGUUUGUCUGGCGGUUACAAGAUUGUUACUUAAUUAUAUUUCCCGACACCGUACUCCUACAAAUGCAAAACCCUAUUUAUAUUCUGAUGGAGAUUCACCAGGCAUUUUGGAAAGAGUUGGUUCUGCAGCUGCGACAUUUGUGCUCUUGCCUUUGAACUAUCUUGUAAAUAGCAGCGGUGACGGAUCUAAAAAUCCACUAGCGGAGAGCAGCCUUCAUGUUUUGCUCAUCCUCAUUAACUACCACAAGUCUAUCAUGAGUGACGAGUCUAUGACGGAUAAAAGUGAUGACAGUGCUACUUCAGAAUCAGUUUCUAAAGCGCAUGUAUUUUCCUCUGGCAAUACUUUUAGCAAGGCUCUAGCAAAUGCUAGAGAUGUCGAAUUUGACCGCUCAGAUGUGGAGGGAAAUGCCCACCCUGGUCCACAUGUUCGGAUACCAUUUGCUUCUUUAUUCGACACUCUUGGCAUGUGUUUGGCUGAUGAGGGCGCUGUCUUGCUCCUUUACUCAUUGUUGCAAGGGAACUCAGACUUUAAGGAGUAUGUAUUGGUGCGAACUGAUAUGGAUACUAUGUUGAUGCCCAUUCUGGAAACGCUGUAUAACGCUUCGAGGAGAACAUCAUCCAAUCAAAUAUACAUGAUGCUUAUUGUACUUCUCAUACUUAGUCAGGAUUCAUCUUUCAAUUCAAGCAUUCACAAGAUGAUACUGCCUAGCGUUCCAUGGUACAAGGAGCAUCUCCUUCAUCAGACGUCGCUUGGUUCCUUAAUGGUCAUUAUUCUCAUAAGAACAGUGCAGCACAACCUUUCUAAACUGCGGGAUGUGUAUCUGCAGACUAAUUGCCUUGCAACCUUGGCUAACAUGGCACCUCAUGCCCAUCACUUAAGUGCAUAUGCCUCACAGAGGCUUGUCAGCCUUUUUUACAUGCUUUCUCGAAAGUAUAACAAAUUAUCGGACUUGACAGGUGAUAAGCUGCAAAGUAUCAAAAUAAGAUUGUCAGGAGAGGACGAUGGCGUUUCAGAAGAUCUGGCAGCAGAGUUGCAGAUCUUUACAGAUUUCUUGAGACUUGUCCUGGAUAUAUUAAAUGCGAUUUUGACGUAUGCAUUGCCUAGAAAUCCCGAGGUUGUCUAUGCAAUAAUGCAUCGGCAAGAAGUGUUCCAACCUUUCAAGAACCAUCCGCGAUUUCAUGAGCUAGUGGAAAAUAUUUACACAGUGUUAGACUUUUUCAACAGCCGCAUGGACUCUCAAAGAUCGGAUCGCGAAUGGUCCGUGCAGAAAGUUCUUCAGUUCAUCAUUAACAGUUGCCGGUCUUGGCGAGGCGAAGGCAUGAAGAUGUUUACUCAACUUCACUUCUCAUAUGAACAAGAGAGCCACCCAGAAGAGUUCUUCAUCCCAUACGUUUGGCAAUUAGCUUUUUCCCGAUGCGGAUUCAAUUUUAAUCCGGACGCCAUCAACUUAUUCCCAGUGUCACACCAAAUUGAAAAACAGAUAGAAGCCGGAAGAGGAGAAGAAGAGGAAGGGAAAGAGAAGCUGCAAGAGUUGAGCGACCAGAGAAUCGUCUUCGAUCCUUAGUAUUUUUCGUUAUAGGAGGAGAGUUUGGUUUGGGCGUGUGUAUAUAUAAAUAUUUAUACGGUUGAGGUUUCAAAUAAGAUCAUUCUAAAAAGCCGAAUCUAUUCUCCGAAGUUUGUUCCUUUUCUCUUAUUAUUUUGUAGGUUUCAGUUGAUAGAUUUCAAUCCGUUAAUAGUUUACUCUCUCUCUUGUGUAAUAAGUAACGAAUGGAGUUUCAGCGAGUCUGAAAGGUAAAAUGCCCUUAACAAAUCAUAUAUGUACCUUUCACACAAGCUAUUAAGGAAGUAAUUUAUCAGCUUAAAGUAUUUCGGAG